CAUGAGACCCGCUAAAGUGCGACUUUGGUGUCUUUUAGGUCGUGUGCCAACUAGAGGGAAUUUAUUGUGUUUGCACGAAACUUCCUUAUAGAAUUCCCAUCUUUUGCAAUUGCACAAGCUUCCAAAAUGUCGAAGCUAAAGUGCGAGUGCUUGAACAUUACCGUGCACGUUCAAACAAACGCAUCGCGUGAGACAGAAGGAAAAGACUUCGUGUCCGAAUCUUGCACUAAUGUCUUCUUCGCGGGCAAGUUAUUGGAAGUUGAGCUAGCUGUUGGCGGCAUAAAGAUGGAAGUAGAAAGCCUGAUACGGAGUAACAGAGUUGAGGACUGGGAUGUUUAUAGUUGUCUCAACUGUAGCAUGGAUUGCUAUGCUUUGCACUCUGUAAAAGGUUAUGAUCGUGUCUUGGUGAACAAGAGCUUAGAGAGUGACCCAGAGGUCUUGAGACAGAGAAGCAGUUCAAAGAAUUUCUCCUUGCCAUUCAAGAUCUUACUGCAACAUGAAGCAGAGUCAAGCCAUGAAGGAAAUAAUCUGUUAUUACUUGGUCAGGAUUCUGUGACAGUUGCCAUGGCAAGUGUACAGGAAGCUCUUAAAAAGUAUCUAAAAUCUGAAGAGGCAGCAAUGAAGGAGAGAAUAAGGCAAUAUACUGAGCAACAACAGCAGAACUUUAUGGCUUUGCAGUCCCAGGCGCUGAAGGAUAAAUCUUCUGUUUACAGGGUCAUCAGUAAAGCCCAGGAAAAGACAAUGGAGAGCUCCUUGCACGAAGCAAUGUUUGAGACACCAGAGACAAUUGGAGCAAACAUCUUCCAUUCACCAGGUCACGAAGGUCCCCUGAACCUACUAAAAACACCAAAACAUGUCAACCAAGUUCACAUCACCCAAGUUAACACUGCUAGACCCUUAUUUGAAGUUGGAUCACCGUCAUUGCAAAGUAACAUUCAUCGUGUCAGGAGGAAACCGCCCAGACCUGGACAGAAAAGCGCCAAGCCAGCGACAGCUGAUGCUGACCCCUUGUUUGCACUGGACGGGUUUACAGAUGACUGUGAACCGUUCUUUGAGUCAGAAGAGGAUGAAAUCAGUAGUAGUGACAACAGCUUCCAGAAUGAAGAACCUGCCCUUCCCCGGCAUAUCUACAUACAAAGAAAGAAACCUCAACCAGUUUCCCAAUAUUCCUCGUCAGUACCUAUCUCCAUGCCAACUAUUGUGAGGAAACCCCACUCCUGGGAAGACGAGGAGGAGUUUGCAAUGCCAGAACCAGACAAGAUUGGGGAAUCAAUGAAAGCACUUGCACGAAGUGUCCAGAACAACACGGAGGACAUGUUUGGAGAACUUCCACGCCCAAGACUGUUUACAGAGCCUCGGCUAACAUCCUCUUACUUCUCAAGAUAGCCCAGAGUCAAUACCAUGCACAAACAGACCGAAAACCAUAGAAAGGCUUAGAAGAAAGAUGGCAAAAUUUGUUAUUUUUCUUAAGGCUUAUUUAAAGAUACUAGUCUUGAGGGGGAUUUGUUUUUUUUUUUUAUGCAAUCAUUAGCACCCACAACUAUAUUGCUAUGUACAGCAUGGGAUGAAAGUCAGAAUUUCUAUAGGUGGGUCCAGCGGGCCCUGGCCCUCCUUUCAGAGAGAAAAUCCUUGGAUUGAAAAUAAUUCCAGCCCUGCCUUCCUUAAAAUCCUUGCAUUGUCCACCACUUAUUGGAAUACCAUGAUCUGCCCCUGCACAGUCUUAUGACUUCACAAAGGCUGAAGAGAAACCCUUGUUUAUAAGGCAUUGUUAUGAGGCAUGGGGGCCAAGAGCAAUGGUUAUAGUGUGGCAUGCCUUCAUUUGGACAAAUUGUAUACACUUCAGUUUUGUUUUGUAGUAAUAUUAUUGAAAAGUUUUCAUUCCUCCAUAUAUAUAAAUAAUAUAAACAAAAUUAAAUUAUAUUGCUCAACAUUUGAGCUAGAAAUAUGCAGAUGGUUCUUGUUCACAAACUAGUGUUACUAUUUAUAGACAUAGUACAGAAAGUGUGAGUGUUAUAUCAAUAAAAAAUAUUUACUUUU